AUGGGGUUGGUGCCCGAGGUCACUUUGGCUUCCUUCCACGGAGACACCAACGGCCUCCUCACCAUGCCCAUGUUGGACAAGGUGUGGUCCUCGCUGCAAAAGACGACCCGCUUGGUCUUCGGCCUGGAUGCGAAUACUCACGCCAAGCGCCAGGAGGGCAAGGCCUACGUCAAGGACUUCCAGGAGAUGUUCGCAGGUCUUGGCCUGAAGGCGCACUGGGAGGAGCCGCGCUACACCACCUUCAAUGCGCGGACCUAUUUGCAGCCGCAGCUGAACAAGGCAGCCAAGAGCAGUGAGCUGGAAGAGAAGGGCGACCGCAACCCCAAGGAGUGCUUGCGAUGA